UUUAAGCUCCAAAAUGCUCCAAAGUCAUAGCACCUGAACUUGAAAACAUACCUAUAUACCAUGGAUGAAAACGGGUUAAAUCCAAGGUAUAUCAGGUGGUUAGCCUUAGAUCGUGGGUAUAUCAAGAGCCAUUCCGCAUGUCUUGACGAUCCUUUCAAUCCAUAUCAGUUCCAGACGUGCCGUUUGCCUUCUCGGAUCAUAUCCAACACCCAGCAAAAGUGAUCCUUCCCGAUCUAGGGCGUAUAAGGUCCGGCGGGAAAAUGCAUUUUCCGGGUCCGGCGGGAAAAUGCGUUUUAGGGGUUCGGCGGGAAAAUGCGUUUUAGGGUUUCAGCUGGAAAAUGUGCUUUUCCGAUUUCGGCGGAAAAAAUGUGUUUUCCGGUUUUGUUGGAAAAAUGAUUUUUCCGGUUUUGGCGGAAAAAUAUGUUUUCCGGUUUCGGUGGGUAAAUGCAUUUUUCCGGUUUCGGCGAGAAAAUGUAUUUUUUCGGUUUUCGCGGGAAAAUUGCUUUUCCAGUUUUGACGAGAAAAUGCUUUUUACGGUUUUGGCCGGAAAAUGCUUUUUAGGAGGGGGGGGGGGGUUUGGCGGGAAUAUCCGUUUUUGGGUUUUAGCGGGAAAAUGCAUUAUUUUGGUUUUUGCGAGAAAAUGCGUUUUUCCGGUUUAAGCCUAAAAGUGUGGUUUUACUGGUUUGACCGAAAAGUGUGUUUUUAUGGAAAUAUGUGUUUUAUGUUUUUUUUGAGAAAAAACACAUUUUGCAGUUUCGACGGGAAAGUGUGUUUUUCAAUUUUUGCGGGAAAUGUAGUUUUCUGUUCUGGCGGAAAAAUGUAUAUGCAAAAAAAAUAGAAUUUACGGUUGAAAAUAAUAUUUUUAUUUUAAAAAGUCAUUUUUGUCAUUUAUCAUUUUGGACUGAACUAGAUGCAUCUGCAUCGAGAUGCACCGUCAAGACUCACCUUCAUUAUAUAAGUAUUCAAGUUCAUCACAUAAAUCAUUGAUUAUUUAUUUAUUUAUUUAUUCAUUUCCUUUUUAAUUCAUUGGUACUUUAUUUUCUUUUAAGCAUAUUUGUGUAGAUAAUAAGAAAAGUAAAUUCAUUCUGAAUUUUAUUUUCUCAGUUUUGCUAGACAGAAGAAAAAUCUAAAAUUGAUUGUUUCUAUUUCAAAUGUACAUACUUAUUUUUAAAAAUUCUCAAAUAAAUCGUAUCAUCUAAACUAAUUAAAUUUUUUAAACCAGAGAUUAUUGUUUCAAAACAUUAUUUUUUUUAAUUUUUAAAGCAUUUAGUGAAUGUUUUAUUUUUAUUAGAUUGUCAUUUAUAUUUUAUUUUUAUAUUAUUUCAUUAUAAAUAUUAUUAAUCUGUUAUUUAAUUUGAAUUUUGUUUAUAAUUUUUUUAUUAAACAAAAUAGUAUUACCAUAGAUUUUUACCUUUUACUUGAAUACAUGAGAACAUGAAGAUACUGAUUAAGAUGCCGUGAUUCUUGUUAUCUAUUACGUAUCCUAGUUUUAAUUUAAACUAAGAUACUACUCCACAUUAAAACACAGAAUAUAUCUUUAAGUUUACAAAGUCGACAAAGUAUUAUUGCAAAUGCUAGGAUUUGUAUGUUGAUAAUGAGGGUUUUGGUUACACAUUUAGUUUUGAUAAAUAUCUGUUAUGUUAAUAAUUUGAGUUUAGUAUAAUACUUUUUUUUAUUGUGACAAGUUAUGUUCACUAACAAUUUGUUAUGCAGAAUAAACCAACAUAUUUUAUUUCAUUCUUCUUAGAAACGCUUUUGGAUAUCUAUAGAAAAAUAAAAUGUAAACCAUAUAUAUAGGGUAUAAUAGCUAAAACAAUAACAUUUUGUUUAUUUUUUAAAAAAUUUAGAAUUUCAAAAAGUAGAUUUGGGAGAAUAUAAUUCAUUUUUCAUUUUUUAUUUAAUAUAUUUGAAUUUUGAUUGAUUAAGAUAAAAUACAUAAUAGGACAUAUUAAUAAUGUAGAACUGGUUCAACAUAGACUCUUGUAUAGUAGAUAAAAAUAUGACUAUAAAUUAUGGAAUGGACAUUCUAUAUAAUCAUGUUUAAAAUAUAUAUUAUGUUCUACAGUUUCGAUUCAAAUAAGCAUUCAUUCACCGAAGCAUUCAUUCACCGAAGCAUUCAUUCACCGAAUCUAUCUUUACAAAUGUCAAAUAUAGUAACAUAACCGAGAUUUCUAUUUUUAAUAAAAUAUGCUGAAACACAAUUUCAUUUUGAAAUUUUUACAUUCUAAAACACUUUUUGUCUCUCAUAUUACACAAUCAGACACAAUAUCCAUGUGACACAUUUUAUCUGGCUGCAAUAUCACAUAUAUCCUCUAAACUAACCCAACCACAGUUUGCCUUUAACCAACCGUGGGUAACAACAAUUUAAAAAAAAAAUACCAAAAGACAAAACCGUAGAUUUAAAUUUCCCCAAAUCAGAAAACCUAAUUUCUCUCAUCAUCUUGGUUUCUUCCUCUCCGCCUCAUACUCUCCGUCUCGAAUUGUAAGCCGUCAACACUCCCUCUCUUCGAAUCCGCCGUGAACCAUGAGGAAACCAAAGUCAAAGAAAAAGGUCCAUGUAGAGGACGAGGAAACGCCACCACAAUACAAAGUCGGAGGUCCAUCUUCACCGGACCUCCGUCUACCUCGAAGACUUUUCGCGAUGGACCGGUUCCCCACCAGGCGUCUUAACAUCUAUUCCUCCCCGGAUCUUCUCCCUUUUAUUCGCAACGUCCUUCGCGACACGCCGGAGUUUGAAACCAUCCGUAGGUCCUGUUUCGGGAACCUCUUCGACCUCCCUGCUCGUCAAUGCCCUGUGUCGUGUAAGCUGAUCCACCCGUUUCUCACUCGUCAGCUAGUAUGUCUUCCCAAGAACACGCUUUGGUCUGCCUUUGGUGGUUAUCCUUUCCGAUAUGGUCUUGAGGAAUUUGGCACUGUCACGGGCCUCCCGUGUGGUUCAUACCCUGAAAGAUACAAGCCCAACACCGGUAAAGCUAUUGUCGCCGGCAAAGAUAGAGUAUGGAAGAGACUUUUUGGAAAGAAAAAAGUUGUGACGAUUGCUGAUCUUUGUCGGAUGCUUGAGACCGACAAAGAUAUGGAUGGGUGGAAAAAGAUAUGGAUUGCUCUCAUUAUCAUUGUCGACGGUGUUCUCAUCGCUCACAAACAAGAAGCACGCCCGACUCCUCGUUAUGUUAGGAUGGUUGAAAACCUCAAAACAGAGUCUUUCCUCAAGACCAUCUCAUGCAUGAAACCACUGAACUUUGUCCCCAAGAAAUGUGAAGAUCCUGUUGCUACACUUGUCAAGACGCUCAAGCAGCGCAGUUUCAGAUUACAAGGCUUCCCACUUUCACUUCAGCUGGUAGCAUUUCGUGCCAUCCCCCAGCUUCUGGAUUAUAUACCGGCUCCAUUAAACAACCUCACCGUGAUGGACUUGGAAGAUGGCACUCUACCACAGCACAAGUCAAUCAAUGCCAUCCACAUCCGACGCGUCGAAUUUGACCCCAAUCUGGUAGUCACUCCUAUUAUACCCAUCGAAAAUCAGCCACAACCAGGAUGGGGACCGUUUCCAGACGAUGCCAAGGACGACAGUGUUAUCUAUUUGGAACAAUUUAUAGGUGAUCAACAUUCCUUCAACAAACAUAUGUGGCAUGGCGGGGUUAUAUCUGAGCCUAUCAUCAAUAAGCCAAAGAUCCGGGUCAAGAAGAAGUCUGCUACUAUUAAGCAAUCUUUACAAACAAGACAGCCGUCUGCAAGGAAGCAAAGGCGUAUAAGUUCCUACUUUACAUGUUCAACCACCCAAAGCUUCACCAACGUUCAACUUACGGAGAUGGUGAUCCAACUUUCAACGCAGAUGAAGCAGCUCAAACGCGAGAUGAAACGUAGGAAGAAACGAUCUCAUGCAAGGCUAUCAUCUUUCAACAAACUUUUUUCUCGUCGCAAGCAGUCCAACACACCACCCCACACUCCAGAACCAAGUCAUAAUCAGGAUCAAGCCCCAAUGGAGACAGAUGACUUGCCUCAAAAGACAUCCCCUAUCAUCAGUCAAUACGAAGCUCAGCUACAUCGUGAUUCUGCAGAUGAUCCUCAAGAUAGUUCCCUGUCACCGACCACUGCAUCCACACAGAGAGUGUCCACGUUUCACCUAACCGCAACAACACAAGUGCCCACACAUCCCCCGACCACAAAGUUCACAGUAGUCAACUCUCCCCCGUUUACUCCACUCCUCCACUUAGUUAUCUGUCUCUUGCUAGCCCCCCUGCGAGCGACCAUUGCAUCCACAUACAGAGUGUCCACGUUUCACCUAACCACAACAACGCAUGUGUCCACACAUCUCCUGACCACAACGAUGACAGAAGGCAAGUCUCCCGUGUUUUUAAUCAAACUCCUCCACCUAGUCAGAUGAUCACCCACCCCAACGAUGCUACAGAUGACUACGACGAGCCACCUCGUACGCCAGUCAGCGUGCAAUCUCCUUGGGAUGAGCUCAGCUCAGUAGUCUACGAUAAGAGUGAUCACCCCAACAGCCCAGAGAUUAAUCACAUCCUCUAUCAUGGUGUGAGGAUUUACGAUCCCAUCAAUCCAGACCCACCAAUCUUCGAUUCAUCUAUUCCUCGGAGUCUCCUACUACUGUCACCGCAGCCUAAGACAAUGCUUACAUCACUCACUAAGAGCAACGACAGUCUGUCAGGCUUCGCUGUUCAUGCGACUACCGUAAAUGCUUUCACAGCUACAGCUUCCUCCAACUCUCCACCCUCUCUUCCUUUUAAGGUAAUCUACACCUUGCUUUGCUACUCUCUCUCAAAUAAUUGAAGCAAAUAUGAUCUCUAUUUUCAGGAGGCAAACACCCAUGGAGUUUUCGACCUAACGGCGACAAAAGACGUGGAGAGCAAUGUUCCAUCUUUGGAGGAGAACCACCUUGCUAAUAAAUUGUCCAAAUUUCCAUUAAUCCAUGCGCUUACACUCAUCUCGCCACUUCCAGGUCUCGAGUGGGAUCUAUUCUACAACACAGUCUCUACUAAGAUGGACGUGUAAGUUUCCAAGCUAUUUGCCAAACUACACUUUUCCAAUCUAUUUGCUUCCUUACACCUUUAUGUUGCAGCUACCACACCACACCGUCUUCUUUUAACUUCUCCAACAAAUUUCUUCUCGAUCUCGCUAAACCUAAGCAAUGGACUUCCACCCGCGUAAGAGUUCUCUAUUUUCUAAACUAUACGCACCGUACCUACGACCACUAACUUUACUAAUACACAUUCUUUUUUAUUUCACUCAGCACAUGGAAGUUUUAAUCCACAUGCUCGCUGCCAGACACUCAACACAUCUUCUCACUGAAAAUUCCGCAUUCACCACACCCCUCUUACCUGCUUAUAUGUUCGACAGUUGGCCCGAUUUUGCCCCUUGCAGAAAGAGAUCAACCUUCCUGUGGGAUGAGCGUAUUUUCGACAUUGUUCUCCACCAAGGGAAGAAAUGGAUGGAGGACAUACACACCAUCUACACUCCGAUGCUCUGGAACUGUAAACAUUGGGUCGGCCUAGCCAUAAACCUUGACAUGGGGUAUAUUGAGAUCCUAGAUCCUCUGCCCGCUUUGUAUGCAGAUAGUCGUGUCGAGCGCUUCAUGCUACCAUUGGUUACCAUACUCCCUUAUCUAGUAAGGAAAGUGGCCAUGUGUGAGCUUACUCAGUUCCGUGGAGUUAAAAGGUUUGUCUGGAAACACAUACUUGACCUCUACAACACCUCCAGAUCUGGUGACUGUGGCCCCGUCAGCAUGAAGUUUCUGAAGAUGCACGCUCUUGGAGACCCAGCACCUCAUAUGUCAGGCAUCACCGACCAAACCGUUGACGACUUCCGCAAACAUUAUGCCUUGGACAUCUACAAAACCAUUGUCAUGCCUGCUUAUUCUGCCUAAGUUGUUUAUGCUGAAUCACUAAGCCCACCUUUUGUGUAACAAUGGGGCAUCUUGGCUUGUUUUUUUAUUCUGUCUUUUGAACCCGACUAUGCUUCUAUCUUUUCCUACUCUCAGCUAUGCUAGGAUUUCAAACUCUUCUAUACUCUAAGUCUGCUUUGUUUGAUUAAUGAGUUUCUGGU